UUGUCGGAGUAUAAGAAAACUCCGCCAAGCCACAAAGUUCCUGGUUAGACCUCAAGUUCCUCUUUGUGCAAUGGACGGCCGCCUAGAGACUGACUUGUAUCCUAUGGGAUCGACUUAUGCAGAAUUAGACGUUGUACAUGAUAUUGCAGUUGGAACAAAGAGAGGAUCUGACGAACUUUUCUCCUGUGUUCCCAACGGGCCAUAUAUCAUGAGUUCAGCAGCUAAUGGCAAUGACAGCAAGAAGUUCAAAGGUGAUAUCAGAAGUCCUGGUGUACCUUCUCGUGUCAUACAUGUACGCAAGCUCCCCAGUGAUAUCAAUGAAGCUGAGGUCAUUUCUUUAGGCCUUCCCUUUGGAAAAGUCACCAACCUGCUCAUGCUGAAAGGAAAGAAUCAGGCUUUUCUUGAGAUGAAUACAGAGGAGGCAGCCCAGACUAUGGUCAGCUAUUACUCUUCAGUCACACCAGUCAUCAGGAAUCAUCCCAUCUUUAUGCAGUACUCCAACCACAAGGAGCUGAAAACAGACAACUCACCAAACCAAGUGAGAGCACAGGCAGCGCUGCAGGCUGUGAAUGCAGUCCAGACAGGUGGCAUGUCAUUAGGUGGUAUAGAUGCAGGCAGUGGCCCUAGCCCCGUCCUCAGGGUGGUGGUGGAGAACCUCUUCUACCCAGUCACUCUGGAUGUUCUGCACCAGAUCUUUUCCAAGUUUGGCACCGUUUUGAAAGUUAUUACUUUUACUAAAAAUAACCAAUUCCAAGCACUUCUGCAGUUUUCUGAUGGUCUUACUGCUCAGCAUGCAAAGCUGGCCCUGGAUGGACAGAAUAUCUACAAUGCAUGCUGCACUCUGCGCAUCAGUUUUUCCAAACUCACCAGUUUGAAUGUUAAGUACAACAAUGACAAGAGUCGGGACUACACUCGACCUGACCUGCCUUCGGGAGAUGGCCAGCCCGCUCUUGAACACCAUCCGAUGACCGCUGCAUUUGCUACCCCUGGGAUAAUUUCUGCUGGUCCGUUUGCUGGUGCCCAUGCCUUUCCCCCAGCUUUUACCAUUCAGCAGGCUGCAGGCUUGACCAUGCCAGGUGUUCAUGGAGCCUUGGCCUCUUUGGCCAUUCCUGGUGCAGCAGCGGCUGCUGCAGCAGGCAGACUGGGUUUCCCUUCUCUUCCUUCAGGCCACUGUGUCAUGCUGGUCAGCAACCUGAAUCCUGAGAGAGUUACGCCCCAAUGCCUCUUUAUUCUUUUCGGUGUAUAUGGUGAUGUGAUAAGAGUAAAGAUUAUGUUCAACAAAAAGGAGAAUGCCCUUAUCCAAAUGUCUGAUGGCACUCAGGCUCAGCUAGCCAUGAGCCAUUUGAACGGACAGAAGCUGUAUGGACGGGCGCUGCGCAUCACUUUAUCCAAGCACACAAACGUUCAGCUGCCACGUGAGGGACACGAGGAUCAGGGCCUCACUAAGGAUUACAGUAACUCUCCUCUCCACCGUUUUAAGAAGCCUGGCUCCAAGAACUACUCAAACAUCUUCCCACCCUCCUCAACACUGCACCUCUCCAACAUCCCCCCAUCUGUUGUUGAGGAGGAUCUAAAGAUGCUUUUUGCCAGCUCUGGUGCUGUGGUCAAGAACUUCAAGUUCUUUCAGAAAGAUCGCAAGAUGGCUCUGAUUCAAAUGGGCUCUGUGGAAGAAGCGAUCGAAUCCCUUAUUGAGUUCCACAAUCAUGAUCUUGGUGAAAACCACCAUCUUCGAGUGUCCUUCUCCAAGUCAACUAUUUGAAAGUUGAGAUGACUUCUCCGAAGCCUCAACUGCAAAACUUUCAUCAUUCCACUAUUCUAUUUAUAAGUAAUAUCUAGUGGUUCAUAUGUAACAUUUUUAAAGUUUUUUUUUUUUAAUGAUUGUCUAUCUGUAAUCACACGUCUUUGAGCCUUUUAUAAGUUUCAGAAGAUUUUUUUUUUUCAUUUGCAUUGGUGAACCCUCGCCUUGAAAGUGCUGCUCUGAUUAUUUUUUAUUCUUUUCCCCCUCUUCCAGAAGUACUUCUUGUGCCUUACAUUGUCUUGCAGUUAAGCGCUUUUUGAUACCACACAAAAAAAAGUUGUCUGAUCUGACAACACCGUAAAGAAUUUAGUUUACAAUCCGCAUCCGUGCGUAUUCUUGUGUAGCUGAAUUGAAAGUUAAUGUUGGUUGUUUCAAACAACUGCAGGGCUUUUUGAUAAAUCAUUGCCUUAAGGCCAGUUCCUUUUGCUUUCGACAUUCCCAGUAGCUUUGAGUCUUAUCACAUACUGUAAUGAUAGACAUAGACUGUUUACAUUCCUUUUAUUUUUUUAUUUAAUGCAAUAAUUUGUGUACAAAUCAUAAGUAUGUUUGUGUUUUUGAUGCUGUUGGCCAUCGCAUGUUGGCCUUUGGUCAGUGGCUCUCAUUUCUUUACCUAUUCAGUUUGUUCUGUACUCUUCAUAGACCUUAAGUAUUGCCUUAAUAUAUCACAAGGCAUUGUAUUGUAACUAUUCUAUUGUAAUGCCUGAUAUAUUUGGUGUAUUCCAGAACCUUUUUAUAUGUACACUACAGCUUAAAACCAAAGCCUCUAUUCAGCUUUCAGUCAUGAAAUUAACGUAACCACCACCCCACCCCAAUUAGAAUCAGCAAGAUAGAAGUGUGUGGUUUGUGUUUUAUAAAAUAUAUAUAUAUAUAGGGACUUGGUUUUUCUUUUAGGGUAUGUUACGUUUACCUACCACAUAAUUCCUUCCUUUCUAAGCCGCUGCCCCGAUUUCUCUUCUAUAUUCUUAGUCCCAUGUCUUUGUUAGUUAUGGUCUUUCAUUUAUUUUAAAUAGAUCUUUAAAUCCUGGCCACAUAUAGCUUGGAGUUUUUUUUUUUUUUUUUUUUGUUUGUUUGUUUUGAACAUAUAUGUAUGAAAUUGAAAAAAUAUUCUUUGUACUUUCCUAAGCAUGUUGGGAUUUUGUCUGUGUGUGGACCCAAUGUCACUACUUUCCAGAAAAGAAGUGUAUUACGUUUAGCAUUCCACAGCACAGAUUAAGAAUUUUUUUUAGUGAAGGUAACGUGACCAUUUGCCAUGUUUUGGAAGAGCAUAUAAUCAAGUCUCUCGAAAAUGGCAGGUCAUAUGCAUCUGCACAGCGUUUGCCUUUAACGGUUUUUUUAAUGAUUUACUUUUUCCUACAGUGAAUAGGUGAGGUGUAAAUACUAUUUUUAUACCACAAUGUUAACAAGCAAUAGGUUUUUAUAUCUGAAAUCGAAUGUAUAUUUUGACUACAGAAACGGACCAU